AGCACCGGCCCAGUCGGUGCGAGCACGAGUUGCGACUAUAAUCGUCGUCGCGUAAUCACCGUCACAUUUGGGGAGAAUUUCUCGUUCCGGAUACCAUCAUACAUGGGGAAGUGUUCUUAGCUCCUGCGUGUGACACAAGUGCAAGGAUUAUUCAGUGUUCCUAAACGGACUUUGUCUCUAUCCAAAAUCAAAUCCAAAAUAAUCAAAAUAAAUCCAAAUUUCGCUACCAAAAUAUAAUAGAAAUUUCAUUCCGUUCUCGUCCUGCGAAUCUCCAAGAUGAAACCGUUGUCGAUCUUGGGCGCCGCUUUGCUGCUGCUCACCACUUCCGGAACUGGUUUCGGUCAGAGGAAGAUCAGCAGGUCUCAGCCAGUUACCACCGAGGUCAAAACCGGCGUAAACUUUGACUGUCCUGAAGACUUUGGCUACUAUCCUCACCCCACUGAUUGCACCCAGUACUAUGUUUGCGUUUUCGGAGGAGCCUUGCUCGAAUCUUGCACUGGAGGUUUGAUGUACAGUCAUGAACUGCAAACCUGCGAUUGGCCUCGCAACGUCGGCUGCGAUGCUGUCGGAGAGAUUACUGUAACAGCCACAGCAUCUCCAAGCACCUCAGGUCGUUCCUCGGAAGUCACCAGGUCCAGGUAUACUCCACCUCCACCUCCGCCACAGCCAGCUGCCGUUGUAACCUCGAGGGGACAACCUAGGCAAUACCACCACCAGGAAAUCAUCAAACAACAACAGCAACUGUACGAAGAUGCUGAUGAAGUUCUGCCGCCUGCAGAGGAAAUCGAAAGCGAUCGCCAACAAAGAGUCUACCGCGGACAGCCAUCCACUGUUGGUCAAGUACAAAGAGACCGAGAUGGUUUGAGGCAUACCAAUGCUAUUCCAAGCUACAGUAGCAGAGGAGAUAAGAUCGGUGUCAUCUCAUUCGGUACACAACAGCAAUCGCAGCCAAUCCAACAGUACAGGGUGGAAGUAACCAGCGUAGGUCCUUCGCAGCAGCCAUCUAUAGCUACAGCAACAACAAGGGCCCUGUACAACGGAAGCCAGCAUUACGACCCAGCUCAUUACGAUCCCUACUACAGCUUGUACGAGGACGACGUUGAACUUUACAGGGACGUCGAUUAUAGCCAACACUACAAUAAUAAUAACAAUAACAACAAUCAUAACCACGGCCAUCAGAGUUUCCGUGGAACUCCAGCGCCGGCAGCACAACCGUCCCCGACUCCGGAAGAACCGAAGCGAGGCAACGCUGCUUACAUCAACUCUUACACAACGCAAGAUGUUUAUCAGCAGCCUUCGGUGCCAGAUUACAACGAGGAUAACAGCUACAAUAGCCAGGUCGAUGAACAGACCAGCUACAGGCAAUCAAGCCGUCAACCAACCAGGGGAGACAGGAACGAGUUGAAUUAUAUUGAGGAAUUACCUACUACCAAACGAACUACUACAACUACAACCACUACCACAACCACCACAACAACGACUCCGCGCACUAUCCCUACUCAAAAGAGUACAUUACCACCAAGAUCGCCUGUCACAUCCAAAGCGAAUCAAACACGAGCACAGUCAUUACCUAAUACAUUACCGGAAAACCCGGGACACACUCUAUCCUCGUCCACUCCUAAAAGUCUAACCCGCAGACAAGACGCAUCGCCGAGCAAUAGUCCUUUCACUUACAGACCAAAACUCCAACAAGACACAAACACUGAUUACAGUCUACAUUCGCCGGUCGUGAACAAACCAGCCCCAUUCACUUUGCCAACGACCAAAAGCCCUAAGGGCUAUCACUUCAUCACGAAAGCGUCCAAGUCAACUCCCGUCUCGACGGCGAUCCCCACAACUCAGAAAACAGAACAAACGAAACGCAAACCAAAUUACGUACGCAGCACCACCGAAUUCACAACCACAACUCACAGGCUAAUUGUACCAACCACAUAUGCUCCUCCCAAAUUCUUUUUGAAAUCUAUACUCCCAAAACCGAUCACCACAAGCACAUACUUGAGCUCACCUCUGAAUUCUAAUACGACAACAGACAAAUCAUUAACUAACAGCCGAACCGAGGCGAAGGGAAUCAAAGCCAUACGAAAAUUUAUAAACCCAAUUGCAAUUAAUAACGUUUUCGCCAGUAGCACUGAGUUGUAUCCUAUAAGUGAGGAGGCUAGUUCCCAAGAGAAAAUAACUACCGAAUUUGUUGAUAGGGGCAAAGUUAAAUUUCCCGCACAAUCAAAGCAAGAGAAAAAAGAAAGCACAACCCACAGAACUACAACCACCACCGCCGGCACCACCACCAGCACUGCUAAACCAACCACUACGACAACCACCGCAAGAACGACGACAACGAAAACUACCACAACGACAACAACUACAACUACGACAGAACGUCCAGUUAGUAGCACUCUAAUCGAAGCACAGUCCACUGAAAAGUUCAAGCACUUUGUCGAGCCUAGCUCGUACCAGAGGUUCAGGAACACGGUAGAGGUGCCACAUCCGCAUCAGCUCUUGGUAGACCCAGAAGACGUAGCAAAACCAGAACCAGACCAACCUCCAACGUUCAAACCGAAACCACCGACAAUUCCAAAAUUGACCAGCGACGCAAUAACAAAGACAACAGCCGACUCUGUCCCCCGUAACACCUCUCUUCCUGCACGAGUUUCCCGGGUAAACGCUGCAAUAAAAUCAAUUAUCGGAUUCGGGGGAACGCGCAGGCAAAAUCCCAAAUGUAACGAGAACCAAACAACAAACGUAAAAUGCAACGAUCUUAAGCAGAGAACCAGCAACCGCGGUCGCGGCUCUGCACACUACUCUAGCAGCAAUGCUGGCUCUUCCUCGAGCUCCAGCUCUAGCACAGGAGAAACUGUCAACCGUGGUACUCCACCAACUCGUUCUCGUCCAACUUUGAAACCUUCUACUUCGAUCGUUUCCAAGGCUGUUGAAUUCGUAGACAUUUAUAGAUUCCCUCCAAGGAGACCAGAAACCAUUUAUCCUCAACCACAGCCCGACAAGACGGCUGCUAAGUGCCGCAAGGAUGUGUGCUUGUUGCCUGAUUGCAGCUGCGGUGGCAAGGAAAUUCCAGGUGAAAUGUCAGUCGAACAACUACCCCAGAUCGUCCUUCUUACCUUCGACGACUCCGUCAAUGAUCUCAACAAAGGCUUAUACAGUGAUCUAUUUGAGAAAGGACGUGUUAAUCCGAAUGGGUGCCCACUUUCUGCAACAUUCUAUGUGUCCCACGAAUGGACUGACUACAGUCAAGUCCAAAACUUAUACUCUGACGGGCACGAGAUGGCCUCGCAUACCGUGUCUCACAGCUUCGGUGAACAAUUCUCGCAAAAGAAAUGGACUCGUGAGAUUGCUGGCCAGAGAGAGAUCCUUUCCGCCUAUGGAGGUGUCAAAUUGGAAGACGUUAGAGGCAUGAGAGCUCCAUUCUUAUCUGUCGGUGGAAACAAGAUGUUCAAAAUGUUGUACGACUCCAACUUCACUUACGAUUCUUCCAUGCCCAUUUACGAAAACAAACCGCCAAGCUGGCCGUACACUCUUGAUUAUAAGCUCUUCCACGACUGCAUGAUUCCACCUUGCCCCACUCGUUCUUACCCAGGUGUCUGGGAAGUUCCUAUGGUCAUGUGGCAGGAUUUGAAUGGAGGACGUUGUUCCAUGGGAGAUGCCUGCAGCAACCCGGCUGAUUCCGAUGGUGUAUUUAAAAUGAUCAUGAAGAACUUCGACAGGCAUUACACAACCAACAGGGCUCCAUUCGGUCUGUUCUACCACGCCGCCUGGUUCACUCAACCUCACCACAAGGAAGGAUUCAUCAAGUUCAUGGAUACCGUCAACAAAAUGAAGGAUGUCUUCUUCGUUACUAACUGGCAAGCUAUACAAUGGGUCCGCGAUCCGACCCCGAUGUCCAGAAUCAACCAAUUCCAACCCUUCCAAUGCAAUUACUCCGACCGACCAAAGAGAUGUAACAACCCGAAGGUCUGCAAUUUGUGGCACAAAUCUGGUGUCAGAUACAUGCGUACUUGCCAACCGUGCCCAGACAUCUACCCAUGGACUGGAAACAGCGGCAUCCGCAGUAGCCGAAUCGACAACGACAUUGAAGAUUAAAUUUCAAAAUUCGAAAAGCAAUCAGAACAAAAGAGAAACAUCAAAAUCAUUUCGGAAAUUCUUUAAAUUAUUAUUAUUUUCUUCUUCACACUCUUCACAUUAAUAUUGUUUUACCUUGUUUCUUCUCUUUUCUCUACUUUCUCUUCUUGCGGUGAUAGGCAUUGAUUUUUGCAAUGCCAAAACAUUGAAGCCUUUAAUCGGAUCAAUUUAAUUUAUAAAUGAAGUUGCCAGAUGUUACUAAGGUGUCUUAUGCUUACAUACCUCAGUAACAUCACUUAAGGUUAGUUCGCAUUUGUAUAUAAGAUUCAAAUGAAAAUACAUUCAGAAAAAAAAAUAAUAACGAAAAUGAAAUGUAAACAAACAAAAACGUUAUAUAAAUACAUGUAUUGUAAAAGGAAUGCAAUCGAAACAGAAAUUCUAAUUAGUUUUAAGCUGCCGAAAAAAAAGUAAAUAAAUAUA